AUGAAGAAAGAUGAAAUCCAGCGAUUAGAACUAGAGAAGAGUGGAUCUUUCAAGAAGACUACUCCCAAAAGGAUUAUUCAUUUUGCUGAUGGAGACAUCAUGGAAGAAUACAGCACAGAGGAGGAAGAGGAGGAAGAAAAAGAUGAGCAGAGAAUGAGUUCAACACCUGACCCUUCUAAACUCUCAUGGGGACCCUACCUGUGGUUUUGGGCAGGACGGAUAGCAAGCUGCUCAUUUUCUACUUGUGAAUUCCUUGGUGGAAGAUUUGCUGUCUUCUUUGGUCUUACUCAACCCAAAUAUCAAUAUGUGUUAAAUGAGUACCACAGAAUACAAAAUAAGGAAAAUGACAAAGAAAAGGAAAGGAAUGGAUCAAAGGAUCAAUGGAUCAAAGCUGCCCAGGGAGCUAAGUCUCCUAAUGAAAAGUGCUACCUGAAGACUGGGGGCCCAGAGUAUGGGACCAGACAACAGGACCUGGCAGGGGCCAUUCCUCAGUGGGGCACCUAA